AUGCAAAACAAUAGUUUGGAGUAAUCAUUCGCUAAUUACGUUAAUAAGUUAAAUAGCUAUUCUGUUCUAAAAAUUAAUUAGGAUUCACAAUAAAAAUUUCGAACAUCAAAUUUACCUAAAUUAAUAGUUCCAAUUCCAUUUGAAUCAAGUGAAAUGUUGAAUUAUUUAGAGAGGGCUAAGUUUCCUAAAAAAUCUGAUCUUAAUAAAAGUGUAUGUAUUGACUUGAAAUAAGAAGACACUAGAAGUUUCAAUUAAUUACCAAAUGAUCUAUACUAAUAAUUGGAGCCAAAAACUGUUAAACUAUAUAGAAGCGUACAAAGGUUGAAUUUUAGAAAAUUUUAAUUAAAAAUACCAAAAAGUUAACAGCAUUUGAUGAGAAGCAGACAAUAAUAAUUUGAUUAAUUAUUGAUUAGGUAAUAAAGAACAAUAAAAACUGAAUUCUGA